AUGCCUGCACCUUCGAAGCAGAGAAAGGUCGCCAUUGUCGGCAGUCGAUCAGUCGGCAAAUCCUCCCUCGCGGUCCAAUUCGUCGAUGGCCACUUUGUCGAAAGCUACUACCCAACCAUUGAAAACACCUUUAGUAAAGUGAUUCGGUUCAAGGGACAAGACUAUGCUACAGAGAUUGUCGACACUGCUGGACAGGAUGAAUACAGCAUCUUGAACUCGAAGCACUUUAUCGGCAUCCACGGCUACAUGCUCGUAUACUCGGUCGCCUCUCUGCCCUCGUUUGAAAUGGUUCAGGUCAUUAGGGAGAAGAUUCUGAACCACUUGGGCACGGACUGGGUGCCCAUUGUCAUUGUAGGCAACAAGAGCGAUCUGCGACCCGAACAACGCCAGGUCUCGGCCGAGGACGGCCGCAAGUUGGCGGAAAAGUACAACUGUGGCUGGACCGAGGCCAGCGCCCGGUACAACGAAAACGUUGGCAAGGCCUUUGAGGUUCUCAUUGCCCAGAUUGAAAAGAGUGCCAACCCCGGCGAGGCCCCGGCUGGCGGAAAGUGCCAGUUGAUGUGA